CGUGUAGCUUGUCGGACGGACCCGUGCACGUACUCCCGAGAGCCGGCGAAACUCGCGUUUGAGUCUUUCAUAGCGUUACUCCAUCUGAUAAGAAAUGGUUUUAUUCCGGUGCUCAUGAGUGAUUUGCUGAUCAGUUCCAAUUGUGGACCGACGAAAAAAAAAGUUAAUUCGUAGUCGAAAAAAAUACUAGAAACUACUUGUUCGCUCUUGAAGGAGGAGGUUUAAGAGGUUUUGUUGACCACUGAUUAGACCAAGUUGGAACUCUGGUAGGACUUUGCUCUCUGGACUCCUUUGGCCGCAUUGUGAUAACAGUCGAUGAAAGUAAGAGUGCCAGUAUAUGGUCUGUGUUUAUUGUGCAAAAGUGUUCCGAAUUAAAUGUAACUUUUUAAUAAACACCCUUACUUUGGUGAUUUGUGCGGUGGCCAAACGACUGUUGACGUCAGUGCAGUAACUGAAAUACCAGAAUUGGUUCUCGAUUAAAUAUAAAUUUGCCUUGGAAAAGCAAGUGCAACUGGGAAAUCACGAACUAAAUUUAAUCUCUCACGAAGUAAAAAUUUCGAGACAUCAUUUGCUCGAUCAGUCUGAAAAAAAAAAACCUGUUCUAUAAUUUCUUCCUCGAGAGAGGUAGGAAGAUUUUCCCGAGUCACGAUUUAAAUUUCUCCGAUCUGCGGAAAAAAAAAAUAAGUGGCGAGAAAGUUUAUACAGUAUUAGCGAUGAACGCUCAAGACUUUUGUGAAUUACUUAUGGAAAAUGACUGGGACGCCGACGAACUGCUGCGGUCAGUCCUGAACGGCAGCGACGUCGUCAGCGCCCCUCUGCCCCUGAAUAUCCACGGGCCCACCCUGGCCUCGUCCCCGGCCCCGCUAGGAUCGUCAGCGCCCAUGUCCGUUCCUUCCCUGGGAGGAACGUCCCCGCUGAGCACCCCGACGCUCAAGAAUGAUGACGACAUAGACGACUUGAAGGACCUCGUCGGGUUGCCCUUCGACGUCGUCCUGGACUCUGGUGCUUCGGAUUCGGGGAUGUCGAGCGAUUCGAACUUCGACCAACAGAUGUCGCCACUGUCGGGAUGUUCGGUGGCGUCGCCUGGCUCCUUCGUGGACAUGGGGCUCGGAAUCGGAGGGUUCUCCUCUUCGGAGUCUGGGGCCGAUACCGUUUCGGAGGUGUCGUCCGUCAGCGACCUGGGCUCCAGCUCUCCGCACAGUGCUUCGACCCUCCUGGCUCCUGGAAGUCCCGAGAUGCUCCUAGGAGCCGACGACUUCAUCACCCAAACGGAUUCUGGUUUUUCUUCCCCAGCCCCUCAGAUCGUCCCUGAACUCUUCACUACCAAUGUGACGAGCUGCCCUGUCUCCACCUACAACACGACCGUGGGCAGCCGCACGCCCACCCGUGUCAGUAACAGACCACCCAACUCCAAAGUCAGUCCUGUGGUUUCUACCGUCAGCAACAUCGUCGGGAGCUCCUCUCCAAUCCUGAAGACGGUCUCAGUCGCGGCUCCAAGCAGCGGUACCACCAGCAGCGUGAGCACGCUGGGAGGUCAGACCAUCGUCGUCACCCAGGCGAGCAAAGGAGGACCUACGGGACAGUUGGUUAAGGGAGGGACGUUGCUCAAGUCCAAUCCGACUUCCAGGUCGAUCCUCCUGCCCGUCACCGUCAAAGAUUUCAACCAGGUGCGAACCAUAAAGAUCAUCAGCACGGGCGGCAGCAGUAACGUGGGCGUGAAUGGCCGGGGCGUGCGGACGGUCGUGUCCACAGUCCGUCAGCCCAACGCGUCGGCUGCAACGGUCACCACCAGCCUCAGCAACCCAGCAGCCAUCCGCACCGCCCUCCUCACAACCGUUCGGGGCCAGGACUCGAAGUCCCUCCUGAAGGGCGGCGCCGCCACUACCGUGGUGACCAGUGCCAGGCCCUCCGGUGCCUCCAAGGUCUGCGCCACCCUCGCAUCCCCGACGAGCACCAAGACAGAUUUUGAUGACGACGACGAGGAUGACGACGAGUCCAGGACCUCCUUCCAGCAGUUGACUCUCUCCGAUGAGGAGAAGAGACUUCUGAAGAAAGAGGGAAUCACACUGCCCACUCACUACCCACUCACCAAGCACGAGGAGAGGGAACUGAAGCGCAUCCGGCGUAAGAUCCGCAACAAGAUCUCGGCACAAGAUUCCCGCAAACGCAAGAAAGAAUACAUCGAUGGACUGGAAGACAGAGUGAAAGCCUGCACAGAAGAAAACCAACAGCUACAGAAGCGUAUCCGUAGUUUAGAGGCACAGAAUGAGUCACUGCUAGUGCAAAUGAGAAAAUUCCAGAAUGCUGUCAUAGGCGGCAGUAAUAAUGGACGUUCCCAAGUGCAUGCCUCCACAGCGCUUAUGAUGUUAAUACUUUCAACAGCCCUCUUUGUAGUCCCAUCUCUUAGACAGGAUACCAAAGUUUCAGAUAAUGAAUUAUCUUUGCCUUCAACUAAAAUAUCAAAUCCAGGUCAUCGUACUUUGUUGGAAGCUGGCAGUGGUGCUAUAGUCCCCAGUACUCUCGAGGCUUUAGAGACUCUUGAUGAUGAAAUUGCUUCUGAUUUAGACAGCCCAUUGGUUCAAGCCCUCACUGACCACGACUACACUCCAGCUACAAAGCGCCAACGUACACUCUCCAAGAACAAUGGAUACUACGUCCCACCACUCGAUGACUUUCCACCACAGCUAACCAAGACCGAUUCUGGCGGAGGCUUUCCACCAGACCAUGGUUCUGGCAGUAAGAUAGCAGCCAGAAUAAUGGAUGCAGUUGUGGAUCAUUCUGUUAAUAAUUUUUCAGACCCGGGAGGAAAGCAUGCCAACCCGCACACUGUUGUGGUCAACCUUGGGAAAGCUCAAAAGAGACUGAGAGAUGAUUUGGAAUUGGAGUGAUGAUUUACUAAGCAUAAGGUGCAAUAUAAUUUAAUCUAGGUGUUCAUCACCAGAGAUGGGUGUAUUCAGUUAGGGUCAUUUAUGUACCCAGUGAAGAUUACCCUGUGUGCUGGGUGGGGGGAACCUGUCACAGCCACAGUCGCUGCCACUACCCUAAAACCUAUCCAGAACGUUGGACUGGUCUAAGCCAUCUUCAGUUUCUCAAUUGGAGUCGUUCUGUGUCACCAGGGCAGUAUGUAUUUUACUAAACUUUUGCAAGUUAGAUGUUUCAAAAGGCUAAGGGGAGAUGGCUGGCUUCUGCAGACUCGUGGUAUAUUGUUUAAGCUGCACUGUGUGUGGGUGGUUAUUCAAUCCCUGUAGUAUAGUCAGGUGAAGGCUGAGAACUGGAUGAAACUGGGCCUCGAGUUGAUGCCCAUCCAAGGUCAAUGGGAAGUCUUGGAGUAGAUUGUUAAUGCCGUCAUGGGUUUUUUGCUUUGCUCUUAAGUUAUUAAGUACACUUAAAUUUUUUGUAUAAUGGAAAUCUUUUUAUUUUCAAGGAGUAUUGGGUGCUGCUUUUGAAGAGUAUGGCAUGCUGUAGCAUUUAUUUUUUUAAAUUUGUUAAAGAUUACAAAAAGACUUUAUGAUUCAGGUGUUGAAGAAUUUUUAUCAUUGAAAAAGAUUUUUAUUAGAGUAGUAGUUUAUUUGAUUUGAUCAGAGUAUCUGUUGCUGAAGAAAGGAGUUAUUUGAUAAGGAGAGUAUUUUAUCACUACCAGUAUAUUGAAUUGUCCCAGGUUACUAGAUUUCAAAGGUACAUGGUAUUAUAGUUACAUUUUUCACUUGUUUUUCCUGUAUAGACAUUUCAUUUUUGUACUUGGUGGUAUGCAGAACUUUUUUUUUCUUGCUACUCCCUACUAUUGUAGGACCAAUGCCAUGGUAUAUCAUAUUCAUGUUAUCAUUUCAUUGUUUGUUAAAUUAAAUGACAUUUCACCAUCAUGUGCUAAGGAAUCAUAUUUUGUAGAUAAAAUUGUAAAAGGAAAUAAAAUAUAUUUUAAGCCAAGAUAGAAA